UCCCGGCCGCCGAUACUGUGGAAGACGAUGGCGCCACCCGGACCUCCGCUGCUUCUUUUCUCUCUGCUGCUGCCGCUGCUGUCGAGCAAGGCAGCGCUCGCUGCCGCGUACACCCUCACGCCUGGGCAGCAGCCGCAGCACAAAGUCCUCCACCUGGACUGGCCCCAGGACUGCGGCAUGGCCCACUUCAAGCCCAACAUGGCCGAGAGGAUCGUGUCUGGCAACGAAGCGCGGCCUCACUCCUGGCCCUGGCAGGUCUCUCUACAGGUUCGUCCCAGGGGAAGUAAACAAUACAUUCACGUCUGUGGAGGAACUCUCAUCCAUAAAAACUGGGUCCUAACGGCCGCUCACUGCUUCCAAAAGGGUAAAGCUGAGGAUGCCGGCAGCUGGAGGAUCGUGCUGGGGAAGCACCAGCUCAGGCGCUCAGAGACCGCAGAGAGGAUUUUCCCGGUGAAGAGGAUCUACAGGCACGAGAACUUCCGCUACCCCGCUCACAGCGAGCUGGACUACGACAUCGCCCUGGUGAAGGCCGCCACCGACAUCCUGCCCUCCAACUUCAUCCGCUACGCCUGCCUGCCGCGCAAGCAGACCAGCCUCAAGCCGGGACACUACUGCUGGGUGACGGGCUGGGGGGACACACGGGGUGGGAAAGAGAAUGUGUCUCUGGCGGAGGCCCUGAAUCAAGCUCGCCUGCCCAUCAUCGACUUCAAGACCUGUCGGCAGAAGAAGUUCUGGGGCGACCGCGUUCGAGACUCCAUGAUCUGUGCCGGGUUCAGAGACACCGAGGACCCACCGGCCGCAUGCCAGGGCGACUCUGGCGGCCCCCUGCUGUGCCAGCUGGGGCGGGACCGCUGGGAGGUGCACGGCGUGGUGAGCUUCGGCCCCAUCGGCUGCACCGUGGAGAACAAGCCCAGCGUCUUCACGCGCACCGCCGCCUACAUCCCCUGGAUCGAGGCGACUCGCAUCAGAGACUUCUUCCUGCACUGAGCGGGUCACGCGUUUCCAGCUGGACAAAUACAGAUUCCAGACUGUCCUUUGUACAGGUCCCUCAACCACUUCAACAUAUAUUAUAUAAAAAAAAAAACAAAAAAAACUCCCUUCUCACCCCACGCGGGUGGUCUCUCAUCCACUUUCCAAGCUCGGGUCCUCUACCAGAGGCCAGGAAUAUAUAUAUAAAAUACA